UGGAUUUUUGCUGUCGACUUUUCCAUCGCAUUCGUGCAUCCACAUGCAGACCGUGUGAAAGAGGCAUUCAGUGCAUUCAUCCGGAUUGCCCUUCCUUCUACUCUCCAAUGCUGCUUUCUCACGUGCAUCAACAUACGUAUGUGGUGAAUGAACAUGAAUCAUUCCAGCAAGUACUCAAACGUUCUCAUCUCCUGACGCUUUGUUCCUCGAUGCAAUGCACACACACACAGACACGCAGUCCCGCCGCCCCCCUGCCUGACAGUCAGCUACUUGUGUGUCUUCCAUGACGCCAUUCAGGCUGCAGAACACACACCAACAAACACACAAUGGAAACAUAGAUCAGGUCCUCUGCAUCACCUCUGUGGCCCUCACCUCCUGUCUAUGGUGCCUGGCCGUCGAGGACGAUGGGGGCGAUUGGGCCGAGGACAGGCCUCGCCAUGGCGGCUGUGAGGGGGUAUCGCUGUGCGAAGGGCGCAUCAUUGGCCACUCCUGCUGCCGGCGCCUCGGUGGUGACGAUGGCGAUGGGCACUGCACGCAAACGAUAGCAGAUGAUCGGACAACAUGACAGCAAUGAGUAUGUGUUGAGGAUGUGUUGUUCUUUUCGGUGUAAGCGUACCAUUCUGGUCGUUGAGGCCUUGGGGGACACCCAAGGCAAUGUAUGCGAUGAAGGGGUCAUCGGACGACGUCAAAACAUGCGACUGCCCACACCCCACACCGACCAUCUCGUAUGUCAUCACGUGUGAGCACUCGUGGAGGGGCGUGUGAGGCGAUUGGGUCACGAUGCGAUCCAAAUAACCACCAUGCACAGCCCUGACACACAGAUACAUGUUUGAAACAGACCACGAGCGACCUGCCGUCCAUCCACUUACCGGUCUACCGCCACCAUUGGCGACCGGUACAUGCCGCCAAUAGCCCGCAUCCGGUGACUCAGCACCAGGUUCUUCAACAGGGAACUCGCCGAUGCGGUAACGGAGGCCCCGCCGUUGACACCACCCGUCAUCCAGCCCACACCAGGCCGCCACCCAAUGCGGCAGCGGACGGGUGGGUCGUGCGGCUUGGCGUGUUGCUGGAAGGGGUGGCGGGAGAAGGGAUGGAUGGGGCGGCUGGGGAGGGGGAGGGGCGGGUUGAUGGUGACGGUGAAGCCGGGCUGAUUGCGGAUGAGGCUUAGCUCGUUGUUGUGGUGGAACAGUUGCAGUGUGCCGUCUUGCUGGCCAUUGGGGCGACGGAGGGCCACACGGCGGCCGACGAUCAUCCACUGCGCACAGAAUCGGGGCACCGAUGAGUAGUCCUGCAUUCAACACACACAGACACACACACACACACACACAGACAGAGAGCCAUUCACUCAUUGCCCCAUUGCCUCUUCUCUUGUGUGUGUCGUGCUUACCGCCUUGGUGGCGUGUGUCUGCAGAUCUCCGGCACCCACAGUGAUGGGCAGCUGACAAUAGCCGCACUGCUCGGCGAGUCUAAUUGUAUCUCGACCUCCCCCCAGCCGCCCUCGCCCCCCUCCUCCACCACCCAGGUGGCCUUCAUGACAUCGCCGUGGCUAAGCUGAUCGUCGAACUGCACCACCCCGCCCACCCCCGCCCGCUCGAUGGCCCUCCGCAGCCGAGUACGGCGGAUGAUGGGCCGCAGGGCGUUUCUGAAGUGGCGGGCUGUCGCCUUGAGUCGGGCGACGGCGGUGAAGUCAGAGAGUGCCAGGACGAUGCUUAUCGGCUCAGCGGGAAUGUCAGACACCUGCAACCGCCGAGCCUGACGACACACACAAAGACACACAUAGAGCUGUGUGUGUGUGUGUGUGUGUGUGUGUGUGGUCUCUCUCUCACCAGUGUGUGGGUGUGUGUUGUGAGUGCGAUGGUCGAGUCGAUGUCGUCCGCCAGCUGGGCCAGACGGGCCGAUUCGUUGGCGAGUUGACGAGUGACCUUGGCGACCAUCUGACGAAUCAAUGAGAGCACACGAGACACCAUGACACGGAGGCCUUUGUGCUGUGUGUGGCAGUUUGGCCGCACCAGUGGUGUGAACGCAGCGGUGUCCAUCUGAGUGAGUUGGCCGAUGCCAUUGUUGACCUGCAUACCACAGCACACACAAACAGCACAAAGAAACCGAUGAGCGACGGAUGCACUGAAUGAGUGAAUGAGUGAGUGUGUUGGCUACCUACCCUGGCCUGAUCGGUCUGAUAGGUUUGAAUCUGUGCCAGCAGCUGCUGCCGCAUCGCCGCCGUUGACGUCUGCAGCAGACGUCACAUGGCAAACAACAACACAAUCAGAGAUCUACGUGCUUUGCUUGGCCCCUCUUCUCUCACCUGAACAGCGCUGGCAGCCAUCAUCAUCUGGGAAGGAGACGAUGAAUCAGACUGCUACUUCGGGACCUCACCAAGCUCUUCUCGCCUCUCUCGCCACCGCAACCCCCUCA